AUGUACCCCGGCGGAAAUCAAUAUCUUGCUGGUACGGCGGUCGACUACAAUUACUAUACUGUGCCGCAAACGACCCUUAACAACCGAAUUCUUCCCUACCACCGAGGACGUGGUCUUGGAGGGAGUUCGAUCAUUAAUGGCUUAUAUUAUGGAAGAGGCAGCGCCAGCGUCUACGAUCACUGGGUCGAGCUAGGCAACCCAGGCUGGGGCUGGGAUGAUUUAUAUCCUUUGAGCGUCAAGCAAACCCAUUUCAACCCACCCAACUUCAAGGAUACCUUCGACCACAGCUACCAGACCUGGGAUCCUACUGCUUAUUCCAACGGCGAGCUACAGAUUGCGUUCCAGGGAUUCGUGCCAGAUUCAAAUGUGGGCUUUAUUCGCGCUAGUGAAGCCAUAGGCAUCCCCAUUGUCAAUGAACUCAACAGCGGCAACAACACGGGGGUCAAGCAAGGCACUGGAUGUUUUGACCACCGGCUCAGGCGCAGCUCGAGCUAUGACGCCUUCUACAAGCCGAUCCAAAACCGCACGAAUCUCGACGUCCUCCACUAUGCGUCGGUGACCUCGAUUCAGUUCACAAAAGGCCGCAAUGGGACAUCACGCGCAACCGGCGUCUCCUUUACAGACCAGCCAACUGGGCAGUUUAUCAGUGUCAAUGCGACCAAGGAGGUCAUUGUGACCAUGGGGGCCUUCAACAGCCCUCAACUUCUGAUGAUUUCGGGAAUCGGGCCAAGCGGACAGUUGAGCCAAAACGGGAUCAACCCUGUGUAUAUCAACGAGAAUGUAGGGCAGAACUUGAAUGAUCACUGCGUCUUCAGCAUCAUGGCCUUGGUCCAGCAAACAGCCUCGACUAGUUCCAUGGCCGUCAACGAUUCCACACUUGCAGCGGCGCAACAGCAGUUCCUCGAUUCUCUGACUGGGCCAUACACUGCUCCUUCUGGAAUCACCAAUGGUUUUCAGCGGUUGUCGAAUGCUACCCUGCGAGCCAUAGGUGCGCAGGCUGUGCUCGAUGCGGGACUUGUCAACCAAGCGCACGUCGAGUUCUUGUAUGAAUCCCAAUUCUACCCUAGCGGUCUGGCUUUCCUCCCGUCCUCUGGCGGCACUUCGUCGACCGGGGGUGCCUCUUCGUCUGCAUACUAUGUCCCCCAAGCCAAUUUGUCGUACAUCUCACUCACGGCGUCGCCGCUUGUGGCGCUGAGUCGCGGGAACGUGACACUCAAGUCGGCGUCGAUUUUUGAUGCACCCAACAUCGACCCCAACUACUAUUCAAACGAAACCGAUCGCGCCGUAGCCAUUAAUGCGUUUAAGGACCUGCGAAAAUUGCUUGCACAUCCGGCGAUUGCACAGUUUACCAUCGGCCCCGAUAACGGCGAGGUCCAACCUGGAAUCGCGAAUAUCCCCGCAAACGCCUCGGACGAUACUAUCUUCGACUAUAUCAAGACCAACACCAUCCCGAACUGGCAUGCGAGUGGGACCUGCCAGAUGCUCCCUGAGGCUGAUGGUGGUGUCGUGGAUUCACGGUUGCGGGUUUAUGGAGUGCAGAACCUCCGAGUCUGCGACGUCAGUAUCAUCCCACGGCUGCCCGAUGUUAACCUGCAGGGCCCGGUAUUUAUGAUCGGUGAGAAAAGUGCCCAGAUCAUCAAGGAGGAUUACAACCUGCAAUGUUAG